CCUAAUCCUUCGCUUGCGCUUUACGCUUUAUUCUGCUGCUACGAGGCGAGCUUUAGGUCAAGCGAAUCUCAAAGACUCCAGUUCUACAAUGGGAAAAGAAAAGAUUCACAUCAACAUUGUGGUCAUUGGCCAUGUCGACUCUGGCAAAUCCACCACCACUGGUCACUUGAUCUACAAGCUUGGUGGUAUUGACAAGCGUGUGAUUGAGAGGUUUGAGAAGGAAGCUGCUGAGAUGAACAAAAGGUCAUUCAAGUAUGCCUGGGUUCUUGACAAGCUUAAGGCUGAGCGUGAACGUGGUAUUACCAUUGAUAUUGCCUUGUGGAAGUUUGAGACAACCAAAUACUACUGCACUGUUAUUGAUGCCCCUGGGCAUCGUGACUUCAUCAAGAACAUGAUUACUGGUACCUCACAAGCUGACUGCGCUGUUCUUAUUAUUGAUUCAACUACUGGCGAUUUUGAAGCCGGUAUCUCUAAGGAUGGUCAGACCCGUGAGCAUGCUUUGCUUGCCUUUACCCUUGGUGUCAAGCAGAUGAUUUGCUGCUGCAACAAGAUGGAUGCCACAACCCCGAAAUACUCCAAAGCAAGGUAUGAUGAAAUUGUAAAGGAACAACAACAACAACAACAACAAAACCCAAUUCCCAUAUUAUAUCAUCUAACUGAGAAGAUCCCAUUUGUCCCAAUCUCUGGUUUUGAGGGUGACAACAUGAUUGAGAGGUCUACCAACCUCGACUGGUACAAGGGUCCCACUCUCCUUGAGGCUCUUGACCAGAUCAAUGAGCCAAAGAGGCCAUCGGACAAGCCCCUACGUCUCCCACUUCAGGAUGUCUACAAGAUUGGUGGUAUUGGAACUGUUCCCGUCGGUCGUGUUGAGACUGGUGUCCUUAAGCCUGGUAUGGUUGUGACUUUUGGUCCGACUGGACUGACAACUGAAGUCAAGUCUGUUGAGAUGCACCACGAAUCCCUUCCAGAGGCUCUCCCUGGUGACAAUGUUGGGUUCAAUGUGAAGAACGUUGCAGUUAAGGAUCUCAAGCGUGGUUAUGUUGCUUCAAACUCAAAGGAUGAUCCUGCCAAGGAAGCUGCCAACUUCACCUCUCAGGUCAUCAUCAUGAACCACCCGGGUCAGAUUGGAAAUGGAUAUGCCCCAGUCCUUGAUUGCCACACCUCCCACAUUGCCGUAAAAUUUGCUGAACUGUUGACCAAGAUCGACAGACGAUCUGGUAAGGAGCUUGAGAAGGAGCCUAAGUUCUUGAAGAACGGUGAUGCAGGAAUGGUGAAGAUGGUUCCGACCAAGCCCAUGGUUGUGGAAACUUUCUCAGAAUACCCACCGCUCGGUCGUUUUGCUGUGAGGGACAUGCGUCAGACUGUGGCUGUUGGUGUCAUCAAGAGUGUUGAGAAGAAGGACCCAACAGGUGCCAAGGUCACCAAGUCUGCUGCCAAGAAGAAGUGAGCUGUUGCGUUGGAGACAUGCAUGGAUUACCAUUUUUGUCGAGCGUUUGCUAUUUACAUGGAAGUUUUAACUUUUCGGACCAAUUUUAAUAUGUUUUAGUUUUAUCUUGUUCUGGUUGAGACUUUUGUUCAAGUGUCGAGGUUUGCUUCAUACUGUGGGUUAAUCGCUUCUAAACAAUUUUAGUUUGAUAUUUAUCUUU